AUGCUACUUUUCACCCAUGAUUUUCAACCGUUUUCCAUAGUUGAAGACUUUGGAUUUAGAAAAUUUGUAUCAGCGCUUAAUCCAUCAUAUGGCUUACCAAAUAGAAAAACUAUAACUAAUACACUGUUACCGGCAAAAUACGAAGAAGUCUACAAUAACACCAAAAAGGAACUUGAAGGCGUAGAUUCUGUGACACUGACAACAGAUUGCUGGACAUCAUCUACUACUGAGAGUUUUUUGGCAGUUACAGCUCAUUUUCUAGACAACAAGUUUGAACUAAAACAUAGGGUAUUGGGAUGCGAAUCAUUUAGCGAGAGGCAUACAAGCGCCAACCUAGCUAGUGCCAUUAGAAAUAUUCUUGUCGAAUGGGAUUUGGAAAACAAAGUUUUAAUAUUUAUUUCCGACAAUGCUGCCAAUAUUAAAAAAGCCAUAAAAGAAGAUCUUCAGCAGAAACAUUUUGGUUGCUACGCCCAUACAAUUAAUUUAAUUGUACAGAAUUCAUUACAAUCAGUUUUCGGAAUUUUGAAUAAAGUAAAAAUGGUAGUAGCCUAUUUUAGAAGGAAUUCUGCAGCUAUGGCUAAGUUUUUUUAA